GAAGUCCGGCCACUUUUAUUUUUCAGGCUCGUGCAACACAAAUAUUGAAUGGACGGGUUAGGCACCGAUUUAACAGCAAAAAUAAUGAAGAAUAUUACUCUCCGACUCUUCCAGGUUAUUUAUUAAUGUAGUAGAUAAGUUAUAAAUACUGUAUAAAGUUUUUAUUGUCGUUAGUUUUUUGUGGAAACACCUGGAUUGUGACUUUUGAGUGUGAACAGGAUGGAUGUUCCUCACCUCACUCCAGAUGAAAUGGCAGAGAUUAAAAAAGACGUGCUGAACCGAAUGCGUCCCUACCUCUGUGAGAAAAUCAGAGCCGAACGCCACCUGGACUACCUGCGCUCUCGAAGGAUCCUGACCCGGGAUGAUGCAGAGGAAAUCAGUUGCAGGACCACGCAGACUAAGAGGACGGGCAUGUUGUUGGACAUCCUGGCUGAGAACCCCCGAGGCCUGGACGUCCUAAUCGACUCCAUCCGAGAGAUGCGCAACCAAAACUUCAUCGUCGCUAAGCUCACAGAUGAGGUGCAGAAAGCCAAAAAUGAGAAGAUUGAGUCCCUCAGAGCUGGUGCUUCCAGUUCCUCAUCUGAGAGCAAUUUCAGCUCUUCAGGAACAACCAGCACCCCCUUAAGCACUUUCUCAAACGACUCCACCAUGGUUUUCCAUCCCGACGGAGAAAGGAGCCCCUCCACUUCAGAUGUAGUCAAUCUGCCGUCGUUGCAGAGAGGUGGAGACCUGUCCUCGGUGGGUGUUGCUAGCCUCGCUGAGGUUUCUUCCACAACCUCCUCCAGUCUUCCCAGGCCUGGAGACCCGGGGGCCCCUGCGCUGCCAGACGAGGUGCAGGUGGAACCGUCCUCUAAUGUGGAUACUGGGUCACCGGGGGGCACCAGCAGCGGAGGGGACACAAACUUCCAGCCCCUUCGGUCACGUUCUCUCACUCCAAACUCAUCCAAGAGCAUCUUUUAGCUUUACUUCUCAACAACAGGACAAUAGUGGGACAACACAUUUCCCAACACUCACACUUCUGUUUUAUACUCUGAUUGGUGCUUCUGCUACACUUUUAUUAGACAGUUUAUUGUACACAACUUAUAUAAUACAUGUUACCUCUAAAUAUGUACCCAUCAGCAGUGAAAUUACACUGUUAUCAGUUUAGCUGGAUUCAUUUUCAUAGAAUUUCAAUACAAUAUCAUACUUUUGGUACCUUUCUUUGUACUUUUGUUUAAAGUAAAUACACUUCAAAUUAUUGAAUUUUUGAUUUAAAAACAAAAAACUGGUCAAAGAUGAUACAGAAAAACAAUAAAAUCUGAUGAAGCUUCAUGUUAUUCUGAUAUACAUUACUAUGGAAACAUUUUGGUCAGAUUUGAGGUUUUGCUUCCAAAACUGACAAACUGUGACUCAUUUUUUCUGACCUUUUGAUUUCCUGAUGAACUUUCGUGUAUACUGUGAAAACAUGGCUACUACACAGCUACAUAUAGUGCAGAACAUAUGUGUAUGUACAGUUGUGGGUAAAAGUAUUGGCAGUGGCACAAUUUAAAUAUUUCCAUCAAUGUGAUUUAUUUGCCAAUAAAAGUCUUUGAGAGUUCUA